AUGCCAACAAGAGAGGAUAUGGAUGUACAGACGAAGCACUCGGAGCCGCCAGAGCUUCAGCAUAUCACGACGAACAUUGUUCCCUUGUCGUCGAUAUUGGACAAGUUCGCUCAAUUCGCCUAUGCCGAACUUUCACACGUGUUGAAGAUGCAGCCCAAUGAUGAUGACAAGAAGAAGAAGCUAUUGGAUUUGCUGGUUUAUUUACGUACACAGUUCACCAGGUUGUACGUGCUGACGAACUGGUCGCAUGCUUCAGCACACGAUUUCAACAAAUUCAUAGACCUUUUGGCUUGGUUGAGGGAACAGUCGUCUCAUUUUGGUAACCUGAUAUGGAGCACGAAGAGCUUGAACCAGAGUUUACUCAGUGCGAAGUUGCCCAACCCAGAUUUGAUCACUGCAAUGGAGGUUUUAUCCAACGGGAGACCAACGCUACCGACGCACAACUUUAUAGAGACCAGGAUAUCUCCACAGAAGGUGCUACAGACCUUGAGGGAUUUGAACGUUGUCCUCUCCAUGAAGUAUGCCUUGGUGGAUGAUUUGCCAGAGGAAUUUACUGAUUAUGAUAUCAAAGAUGGAAGAAUAUAUGUCUAUACAAAGGAUUACCAAUUUCAAAUCUCCGCUUUGGAUGAAUCAACUCCAUUCUUUAUGAUUGAUUUCGAGCUCUCUUUUGGCAAAUUCGAAAAGGCGAAGAACCUCAUUAGGGUGUGUAACGAGGCACUACGGAGUUUCCAAUUUGUAAACUUGAAGAGAAUAUUGACAAAUUACACGAUGGCCAUGAAGCUAUACCUCAUACACCAAAAGUUGAACGAAUUGAAAACGGUAAAACAUACAUAUAGCCCUGAAAAGUUUCAAAUAACGGUUCAUUAUUGGGUGAACAGUUUUGUCUUUAAAUACUCAAGAUUGGAAAUUGGGCUGAACAAAAAUAAUGAAAUCAUUUAUAGAUGGUUCAAACAAGGCCAGUUGGCUCAGACUUUUGAACAGGUGGAUCAUAUUGACAUGUUCUUGAGGGACAUUUACCAUAAACAUUCCACGUCGAUCCUCUCACAGAUUGAAGAUUUGAUGGUGAACAAAUCGUUAUUACAGAUUAAUGAACUCACCGGAAUCUUCUAUUUCAAAAACCCAACGCCAGCUUUAAAUAUGGCGUUGAAAAAGCUUAAUGUUGAUGACUUUAAGAACAUCAACGAAAAUCUCCAGGCCAUACGUACCGAUUUGAAGUUUACUGAAAUCUCGAGCGUCUUGUCAGUAACUGGUUGGAUACCUAACGAUUUGAUCAAACUUCCACAAGUGGAAUUGUCGAAAUUAUACAAUGGUGUAAGACAAGAACCACAUAGACUUGUUAGAUUCUAUACGAGAAAGGAGUGGGCUCAAAAUUGGUUCCUAAUAUUUGUCAUUGAUACAAAGAUCAGAACGUUUAUAGGUAAUAUCCGGUCAGUGCUGGGUCAGUGGACUUUGAAUGCACCUUCGGAAGUGUGUAUCAAUUCCUUCGACUACAAGAGCUCCAAAGAUGUGAUUAACCAGGUAUCCAAGAAGAUCAUGACUCAUCUAAUAUCCCAAGAACUCACAGGUACCAAUUAUCAUGUUGUUUCUCAUGACUCGAUAGUGGUUGAGACAGAGUCAUUUGUGAAGAUACCCAAUGCAUCAAAGGUUGUUAUGCUCAUGUUUAGAAUUGACCCAACUAACAAGAACAACAUUGUUGUCAACUUGAAAGGGAAGUUGAACAAGAUAAUAACACUUGAUGAUUUUAUAGUGGAUUCGAACGGAGUCUUCCAAAUAUUUGAAACCAUCGACUUCAAGAGGGCAAAUAUAUUGACGAAUAUUAUGUCUAAAUUGACCAAGCUGGCUAAGGUUAUUGAACUCGUUGAUUAUUUACAGAAAAGGGAUAUGGAAUUGGUUAGCGUUCAACUCGACCAAGUUGUUUUCAAAUACGGCGAUAAUGUUUGCACCUUAAAGGAGAACUUUGAUUUAGAACUACCCAAGGAGAACCCACAUAACAUUUGUCUCUCAAGCAUAAGGAGAUUCUUAGUGACCAAUGGAGUUGAUGAUGUCUUCAAGUAUUUGAUGAAGUCCAAUGUUUUGAUCUCAAAGUUGAAUGACAUGUCAAAUCAGGCACAAGUUGAUAACGUUUCCUCAUGGAACGUUGAUAAGUUGAGGUACGAGAUCAUUUCCAAAAAUGCAACGUACUUCUCUGUACUCUACUAUUCCAACAAGUUCAAACCAAGACACGGAUUCAGCAUGAAUAUUGAGAUCAAGAAUGGGGCAUUGGACUCAUUUGUAUACCUAAUUUCCAUCGACAAAGAAGACCUUGAUGCCAAUUUGAAACGUGAAUUGACGUCACAAGGGAACUUGUUCAAGAACCGGGCAUCCACGAUAAAAUACCUCGUUCCGCUCAGCGAUGGCAUUGUUUGUGAUGAUUCUGGGUUGAACUAUGUGCUCGACCAACUACAUUCGAUGGUUCUCGACAUUUAUAACGUUGGUUAA